AUGCGUAGUUUCUACAACGCCGAACUGUCCGUGGUCGGCACACCGGCGGAUGCACCGUAUAAAACCGUAGCCGAGGGAUGGUUGGCAGCGCUACAAUUGAAUCCGGCCCGACUCGUGCCCGACAGGCUGCGCCCAACAUAUUUUGCACGAUUUUUCCGUUUUAUGCACGAGUCCUCAAUCCCUUUCUUGAGUCUUCCACGAGUGAUUUGUGCAUGA